CCUUCCUCUACCGAAGGCCCGGUAUAUACACCUUUGUUCUGGUGAAGGGUAUGUCACAUACAGCAUCCGGUCAGCCCCACUGCUACAUCUGCAUUGAAGUGGGGAUAAAAUCUGGUCCUUUUAUGGCAGAAGAGGAGAGUUUGUCAAUGGACAGUAGUGGUACCCCCCAUGUCACACCCCUGAUGAAAGGGGACUGAGGCACAUUAUCAAAGCUGAUACUUGUUUCUUCUCUAAGUAAAGCAUUGUUCCAUCAGUGGUUGGCUAACUGGAACAAUGUGUUUCCCCUUGGCAACCUCAGAACCAAGAGGCAGUAGGCAGAAGUGUUUACAGCCUUCUGGGAUUGGUUAACUAGUGCAGUGUGCUGUGCUCCCUUAGGGUUGAUAAUCUGUGCAUCAUAUUCUGCUUAACAUCUAUAAGAUGGAUUAUCUAUGCCUAUCUCAUUACUUCUUUGUACCUCAGAUUUAACUGGGUUGUAUUUCUCAUGGAUGGAAAAAUGACUGACAGUCUGUCCUUUGCCAAAAGAGGAACCCAGAAGAGGUCUUUUUCUACAAAUAUCAAAGCCAUGGCUCAGGAGUCAGUGUUGUUCAGUGAUGUAUCCAUUGACUUCUCUCAGGAGGAGUGGGAAUGCCUGACUGAUGAUCAGAGAGAUUUAUACAGAGAUGUGAUGUUGGAGAAUUACAGCAACCUGGUUUCAAUGGGACUUUGCAUUUCUAAACCAAAUAUCAUCUCCUACUUGGAGCAAGGAAAGGAUCCCUGGUUGGUUGGCAGAGAGCUAACAGGAAGUCAGUGGCCAGUCCUAGAAUCAAGAUGUGAAACCAAGAAAUUAUUUCUGAAGAAGGAAAUUUAUGAAAUAGAGUCAGCCCAGUGGGAGAUAAUGGGAAGACUUACAAGACAUGACCUGCAAUGCUCUGGUUUCAGAGAUGAUUGGGAAUGUCAUGACCAAUUUGAGAAACAGCAUGGUUCUCAGGAGAGACAGUUCAGUGAACUGAUAAUCACUCAUGAAGAUGUACCUAGUUUCACUCAGCAUCCAUCCUUGACAUUACAGCAAAUUAUUAAUAAUAAAGAGAAAUACUGUGCAACUAAUGAAUAUAGGAAAAACUUUAGACAUGGCUCGCAAUUUACUGCUCAUCAAAUCAUUCACACUAUUGAGAAACCUUAUUCAUGUAAGGAAUGUGGAAAGGCCUUUAGACAUCCCUCAAGGCUUGCACAUCACCAGAAGAUUCACACUGGCAAGAAACCCUUUGAAUGUAAGGAAUGUGGAAAAACAUUUAUUUGUGGCUCAGACCUUACUCGUCAUCACAGAAUUCAUACUGGAGAGAAACCUUAUGAAUGUAAAGAAUGUGGAAAGGCCUUUAGUAGUGGUUCAAACUUUACCCGACAUCAGAGAAUUCACACUGGUGAGAAACCUUAUGAAUGUAAAGAAUGUGGAAAGGCCUUUAGUAGUGGUUCAAAUUUUACUCAACAUCAAAGAAUUCAUACUGGAGAGAAGCCCUAUGAAUGUAAGGAAUGUGGUAAUGCAUUUAGUCAGAGUUCACAACUUAUUAAACAUCAAAGAAUCCAUACAGGUGAGAAACCCUACGAAUGUAAAGAAUGUGAAAAGGCUUUUCGUUCUGGUUCUGACCUUACUAGACAUCAGAGAAUUCAUACUGGUGAAAAACCCUAUGAAUGUAAGAUAUGUGGGAAAGCUUAUUCUCAGAGUUCACAACUUAUUAGUCACCAUAGGAUUCAUGCUGGUGAGAAACCUUAUGAAUACAGAGAAUGUGGAAAGAACUUUAGUUAUGACUCACAACUUAUUCAACAUCAAAAUUUAAUUCAUACUGGUGAAAAACCCUAUGAAUGUAAGGAAUGUGGGAUGGCCUUUAGGCAAACUGCACACCUUACUCGACAUCAGAGACUUCAUUCUGGUGAAAAACUUUAUGAAUGUAAGGAGUGUGGGGAAGCUUUCAUAUGUGGUCCGGACCUCAGAGUACAUCAGAAAAUUCAUGUUGGUGAGAAGCCCUAUGAAUGUAAAGAAUGUGGGAAGGCCUUUAGGGUACGAGGACAACUUACGCUUCAUCAGAGGAUUCAUACCGGUGAGAAACCUUAUGUAUGUAAAGAAUGUGGGAAGGCCUUUAGACAGUAUGCACACCUAACUCGACAUCAGAAGCUUAAUAUUGCUGACAGACUCUAUGAGUGUAAAGAAUGUGGGAAGGACUUUCUGUGUGGCUCUGGCCUUAGAGUACAUCACAAACUUCAUACAGGUGAGAAACCCUAUGAGUGUAAGGAAUGUGGGAAGGCCUUUAGAGUACGACAACAACUAACACUCCAUCAGAGGAUCCAUACUGGUGAGAAGCCCUAUGAAUGUAAGGAAUGUGGAAAGACUUUUAGUCGUGGUUAUCAUCUUAUUCUCCAUCACAGAAUUCACACUGGUGAGAAACCUUAUGAAUGUAAGGAAUGCUGGAAGGCUUUUAGCCGUUACUCACAACUUAUUUCACACCAGAGUAUUCAUAUUGGUAUUAAACCUUAUGAUUGUAAGGAAUGUGGAAAGGCUUUUAGACUACUCUCACAACUUACACAACAUCAGAGUAUUCAUAUCGGUGAGAAACCCUAUAAAUGUAAGGAAUGUGGGAAAGCCUUUAGGUUGCGCCAAAAACUUACUUUACAUCAGAGCAUUCAUACUGGUGAGAAACCUUUUGAGUGUAAAGAAUGUAGAAAGGCCUUUAGACUUAAUUCAUCUCUUAUUCAGCAUUUAAGAAUUCAUUCUGGUGAGAAACCGUAUGAAUGUAAAGAAUGUAAGAAAGCCUUUAGACAACAUUCACAUCUUACCCAUCAUCUGAGAAUUCAUAAUAGAGUUCACAAUGGAGAAAAGUUAUAUGAAUGUAAGGAAUGUAGGAAGACUUUUAUUCGUCGCUCAACACUUAGUCAACAUCUAAGAAUUCAUACUGGUGAGAAGCCUUAUAAAUGUAAGGAAUGUGGGCAGGCCUUUAGGCAGCGUGCACACCUUAUUCGACAUCACAAACUUCAUACUGGAGAGAAACCCUAUGAAUGUAAGGACUGUGGCAAGGCCUUUACAGUGCUUCAAGAACUUACUCAACAUCAGAGGCUUCAUACUGGUGAAAAGCCUUAUGAAUGCAAGGAAUGUGGAAAGGCCUUUAGAGUACAUCAGCAGCUGGCUCGGCAUCAGAGAAUCCACACUGGUGAGAAGCCCUAUGAGUGUAAGGACUGUGGGAAGACCUUUAGACAGUGUACACACCUUACUAGACACCAGAGACUUCAUACUUCUGAGAAGCUCUAUGAAUGUAAGGAAUGUGGGAAGGCUUUUGUAUGUGGCCCAGACCUUAGAGUACAUCAGAAAAUUCAUUUUGGUGAGAAGCCCUAUGCAUGUAAGGAAUGUGGAAAGGCCUUUAGAAUAUGCCAACAGCUUACUGUCCAUCAGAGUAUUCAUACUGGUGAGAAACCCUUUGAAUGUAAGGAAUGUGGGAAGACUUUCAGAUUAAGACAACAACUUGUUCGCCAUCAGAGAAUUCAUACUCGUGAGAAACCCUAUGAAUGUAUGGAAUGCUGGAAGACCUUUAGUAGUUACUCACAACUGAUUUCACAUCAGAGCAUUCAUAUUGGUGAGAGACCAUAUGAAUGUGAAGAAUGUGGGAAGGCCUUCAGACUGCUCUCUCAGCUUACUCAACAUCAGAGUAUUCACACUGGGGAGAAACCUUAUGAAUGUAGAGAGUGUAGAAAACCUUUCAGAUUGCUCUCACAACUUACUCAGCAUCAGAGUAUUCACACUGGGGAGAAACCUUAUGAAUGUAAGGAAUGUGGGAAGGCUUUUAGACUUUAUUCAUUCCUUACUCAACACCAGAGAAUUCAUACUGGUGAGAAACCCUACAAAUGUAAGGAAUGUAAGAAGGCCUUUAGGCAGCAUUCACACCUUACUCAACAUCAGAAGAUUCAUAAUGGAGAGAAACCUUGUGAAUGUAAGAUAUGUGGGAUGACCUUUGAUCAGAACUCACAAUUUAUUCAACAUCAGACAAUUCAUUCUGGUGAAAAACCCUAUGAAUGUAAGGAGUGUGGGAAAUCCUUUAGUAGUGAUUCACUUGUUACUCAACAUCAGAGGAUUCAUACUGGUAAAAAAACAUAUGAAUGUAGGGAAUGUGGCAAGGCUUUUAGUUGUAGUUCAUAUUUUUCUCAACCGAGGAUUCACACUGGUGAGAAACCCUAUGAAUGUAAAGAAUGUGGAAAAGCUUUUAAUUUUUGCUCAAACCUUAAGGAUCAUCAGAGAAUUCAUACUGGUGAGAAACCACAUGAAUGUAAAGUAUGUGGAAAAGCCUUUACUAAAAGUUCACAACUUUUUCCGCAUCUCAGAAUUCAUACUGGUGACAAGCCUUAUGAAUGUAAAGAAUGUGGGAAAGCUUUUACACAACACUCAAGACUUAUUCAGCAUCACAGAAUGCAUACUGGUGAAAAACCUUAUGAAUGUAAGGAAUGUGGGAAGGCUUUCAGUAGUGCCUCAACAUUUACUAACCAUCACAGAAUUCAUGCUGGUGAGAAAUUCUAUAAAUGUAAAGAGUGUGGGAAGGCUUUUAUUCAGAGCUCAGAACUUAUUCAACAUCAGAGAAUUCAUACAGAUGAAAAGGCAUAUGAAUGUAAUGAACGUGGGAAGGCCUUUAAUAAAGACUCAAACCUUACUCGACAUCAGAGAAUUCACAAGGGUGAGAAACCUUAUGACUGUAAGGAAUGUGGAAAGGCCUUUGCGGCUCAUAAAGCUUUCUUAAAACACUUAAGAAUUCAUUCUGGAGAAAAACUCUAUGAAUGUAACAAAUGUAGGAAAGCCUUCAGCCACAAGGAAAAGCUCAUUAAACAUCAUAAAAUUCACAGUAGAGAACAGUCUUAUGAAUGUAAUGAAUGUGGGAAGACUUUUAUUAAAAUGUCAAAUCUUAUUAGACAUCAAAGAAUUCAUACAGGAGAGAAACCCUAUGUAUGUAAUGAAUGUGGAAAAUCCUUCAGCCAGAAAUCAAAUCUCAUUGAUCAUGAAAAAAUUCAUACUGGAGAGAAACCUUAUGAAUGUAAUGAGUGUGGAAAAGCCUUCAGCCAGAAACAAAGCCUCAUUGCACAUCAGAAAGUUCACACUGGAGAGAAACCUUAUGCUUGUAAUGAAUGUGGUAAAGCCUUUCCUCGAAUUGCAUCCCUUGCUCUUCAUAUGCGAAGUCACACCGGAGAAAAACCUUACAAAUGUGAUAAAUGUGGAAAAUCCUUCUCUCAGUUUUCCAUGCUUAUAAUACAUGUGAGAAUACACACAGGUGAGAAACCCUACGAAUGCAAUGAGUGUGGAAAAUCUUUCUCUCAAAGCUCAGCCCUCACUGUACAUAUGAGAAGUCACACUGGUGAGAAACCCUAUGAAUGUGAGGAAUGUAGCAAAGCUUUCAGCCACAAGAAAAACUUCAUUACACACCAGAAAAUUCAUACGAAAGAGAAACCUUAUGAAUGUAAUGAAUGUGGGAAAGCUUUUAUUCAGAUGUCAAAUCUUGUUAGACAUCAGAGAAUUCAUACUGGAGAAAAACCUUAUAUAUGUAAAGAAUGUGGCAAAGCUUUUAGCCAGAAAUCAAAUCUCAUUGCUCAUGAAAAAAUUCAUUCUGGAGAAAAACCCUAUGAAUGUAAUGAAUGUGGUAAAGCCUUCAGCCAGAAACAGAAUUUUAUCACUCAUCAGAAAGUUCAUACUGGAGAGAAACCUUAUGACUGUAAUAAAUGUGGUAAAGCCUUCUCUCAAAUUGCAUCUCUUACUCUUCAUUUGAGAAGUCACACAGGAGAAAAGCCUUAUGAGUGUGAUAAGUGUGGGAAAGCCUUUUCUCAGUGCUCACUGCUUAAUUUACAUAUGAGAAGUCAUACCGGUGAGAAGCCCUAUGUAUGUAAUGAAUGUGGAAAAGCCUUCUCUCAGAGAACUUCCCUUAUAGUGCAUAUGAGAGGUCAUACAGGUGAGAAACCCUAUGAAUGUAAUAAAUGUGGAAAAGCCUUCUCCCAGAGUUCCUCCCUCACUAUACAUAUACGAGGUCAUACAGGUGAGAAACCCUUUGACUGUAGUAAAUGUGGAAAAGCUUUUUCUCAGAUCUCAUCUCUUACUCUUCAUAUGAGGAAACAUACAGGUGAAAAGCCGUAUAACUGUAUUGAGUGUGGCAAAGCUUUCAGUCAAAAGUCACAUCUUGUUAGACAUCAGAGAAUACAUACUCAUCAGAAACAGUGUUCAUAGUGUGAUUAUGGGAAAUACCCUCAACACAUUGUGGCACAUUACAUGAAUGGUUCUAGAGCAGAAACCAAUAAAUAUGGGAAAGCCUUUUGAAGAUGUUCACAAAUUAUAAAACAUUAAGAAUUACCUAGGUGAACAGUUGUAUGAAAAAGCUGUUUAAAAUCUUUAGCAGACACCUUACUCAUUGAUGGUAUUAAUAUUCUCAUUCAAAUCUUGAAGAAGAUACCUGCUAUAGGCAUAUCAACAUACUACUUAAGCUCCCAGCUAAUAUAUUAAACAAGAAAAAGAAGAUUUGGAAAGAACUAUAAAAUAGCCUUUUAUGUAACACAUAGCUAAUUAGAAAUAUGCAGAAAGAAAAUAUAUAAGCAUAAAAACAACAAUGAGUUAUGAAACAUUUAUAUCUAUAAAAAUAUAAAAUAUGUUGAAGGGCUCAAAAGAACACCUGAAAAAUUGAGAGAAAUGAAAUUAUUUGUGAAAAGACUUGACAUUGUAAAAACAUAUUCUCUGCAAGGUCUCUAAUGUACUUCCACUCAGAAUUUACACUAGUUAGUUACACUUGAAGAGUUUCACAAACUUCUUUAAAAUAUGAGAAGCUAAAGGAUCACAAAUAACUGAAACAAAUUUGACAAAGCAAAAUACACUGUUAUCAUUACAUACUUUAUCUAAAGCUAUUGUCAUUUAAACUGUGUUAUUGACUAAUCAAUGGAAACAAAUUGAAGAUCGAUAGGACAAUCUAAGAAGAUAUGGGAAUUUUUUAUAUUAUAAUGUUAAAAUCAUUGGGGGUAAAAAAGGAUUGCCCAAUAAAUGGAAGAUUCAUAUAAGCAAAAAAUUUCACUUUCUACCUUACAUACAAAAGUAAUACCCAAGUGGGUUGAAGACCAGAAUAUAAAAUUAAAAUUCUAAAACUCUGAUGAAAAUAAAGCAUAUACUUCAGAGUAAUGGAAUUUCUUUUGAAACACAUAAACGAGACAAUCAGUUCUGUUUUGGUGUACUGGCCUGAAAAGUACAUAAAUAUAUACACAAAAAUAUACCUGUCACUACGUUCACUGCAUUAUGGCUUUUAUUGCCUUAAAUUGGAAUAUAAUGAGUUUCUAUCAAUAGAGAGACAGAUCGAUACCAUAUGUUUAUUUCUGCAAUAGAAUACAGUAUGUAGAAAGAAGAUACAAAAUUUGCAUAUUGUUACAUGGAUUGAUGGCAGUAUACUGAGAGAAAAAAACAAAAUUCACAACAGUAAAACAUUGUGAAUGACAGCACUUAUAUUGGUUGCCUUUGGAGUUAUGGAAAGGUUUGGUGUGAAUUGUUACAUUGAUCUGUAAUAUUUCAUAAUAAAAGAAAAAAACAAAUGCCACAGCAUUAACA